AUGUUUUCUAGUAAAAAGGAAUAGGACUUCAUCUAAGAGAUCCUCUCAAAGCAAUAGUAAGGACAGGAUGCAAUAAUCUCUCAGGUACGCCAAUCAAAUAUCUAAUUAGAAUAACAAAUUAAAUCAUUUAAAGAUAUUCAAAAGCAAUUAGAAAAUGAAUUAAAAGCACUUAGAAAUCAAAAAGUUUAGUUGGAAGCAACAACAGUUGAGUCAAAUCAAACAAUUAUCUUGCUAAAAUAAGAAAUAGAAAAAUUAAAGCAGACUCAAAAAACAUUAGAAAAUGAUUUGAAAGCAUAAUCUAAUUAAAAGCAGAAUAUUUAGAAUUUGAAUUCAUUUUAACCUUUCGUUUCUUAAUAGCAAAUUAAAAAAAAGGAAGAAGAAGAAGCUUUAAAAAAGCAAAAGCAAAAACAAGAGCAAGAAAAGUAAAUUCAAUUGCAAAAAGCUUAAAACAA